AUGGAUAAGAUCAGUGACGCCUUUCCAUACGAGACCUUUUCAGAGCACGACUCAAUCCGGUUACUUGUCUUGGAGCCCGCAGAGACUCCCGAAGCAAAGCUACACGGACAUGUGAUUCUCAUAAAUAUCCGAAAACGCGAGGCAGACAUUUAUACGGAGUACAUCGCCGACGACCCGUCCCCUGGGGGUUCCAUUGUCCUUCACGGCAAGCCUUUCGCCCUAACAGCUUCACUCGACGCUGCUCUCCGCGGGGUCCGCAAUGCAUCAAUCGCCUGUCGCGUGUGGGCCGACGCGCUCUGCUUCAACCAGGCAAACAUCGCAGAGCGCAACCGGCAAGUUCGCCUAAUGGGGUCUAUCUACUCGCUCGCCGACCACACGGUCAUCUACCUCGGCCCGCUCACGCCCGACGCCGAGUGGGUGCUGCGCAACGCCGACGAAAAUGCCGGCUAUUGGCCCUCCUUGCCCGGGCAGGAAAGGGAGGAGGAUGAGGGCUUAAGCCUGAGCCGACUGCGUGACAUUCUCGACCGGCCGUGGGGUUUACCCGCACCCGGAUCCUACAGGAGCUGGUGCUGGCCCGCGACCCGCUGGUGCAGUGUGGCCGUCUGCCCACGCGCUGGGCUAGACUCUACUUCCUUUUCUCUAUAG